AUGCGAACACCAUUACGAGCGGUGAUGGCCAUUGCGCUAAUUAUAACCCUGUUUUUGGUCAAAUUUCACCUCGAUUCCAUCUUGCAAUGGCAAAAUAAUGGAAGCACUUCCGACCUCUAUGUCUUAGAUGGCGAUUCAUAUAUCGAGCUGGUCUCGGCCAAUACUGCGACGCCAGCUUCACAGACCCAAACCCGAAGGAAAUGGAUUCCUACGGCCCGACCAACGCCUCGCCUAGUGAUAGCAAAUCCGGAACCGAAGCGCAUCCCCGUCGAUGUCCCCGGUGCUGAAUGGGCGGGAGAAUUAUUAUUCGGUUCUAGAGGGGCGCCCAAAUUCUAUGAUCUAGAAAGCGUACUCGAUAAUGCCCAAAUAAUUGCUCCAGCAGAGCAUAAUGAUGUGGUGGUGCCUUCGUCUACUGCUCCUUCUCGUCCAAAGGUCACUCCGAAAUCGGAUCGCGUCAUUGUUCUGGGGAAGAUGUCGUACGAAGACACUAAUUGGCUUGAGGAUGAGCUACCAGAAUGGCAACACGCAGUCUACCUUGUCGAUGACCCCGAAGCAUCUCUGCAAGUCGAACAAAAUAAAGGUAAAGAAAGCAGUGCCUACCUGCAGUACAUUCUCGAUAACUACGACAAAUUACCCGAGUAUAUGGUCUUCCUCCACGCUCAUCAAUAUAGCGGCCACGUCGAAUUUUGGGAGCAGGAUAAUGUGUUGACCGUCCAAAGACUGCAACUCGACUACCUUCGACAAGUUGGAUAUCUCAACCUACGCUGCGACUGGAAUCCCGGAUGUCCCGAUGAGGUCCAGCCAUUCCGGCAAAUGGCUGGUCGCACCACCGAGCUUGCCUUUGCCGGUGCUUGGAUCCGUAUCUUUAACAACACGGAUGUGCCUGAGAUUAUUGCGACCCCUUGCUGUGCUCAAUUUGCUGUAACCAGGGAGCAGGUCCUCCAACGCCCACGGAGCGCCUAUGAGUCGUAUCAUGAUUGGCUCAUGACAACCGAGUUGGAUGACGAGACGAGUGGUCGUGUCUUUGAAUACAUAUGGCACAUUAUUUUCGGGCAGGAUCCCGUGUUCUGUCCUGCAAAGGCACAGUGUUACAAGGAUGUAUAUGCUAUGGAUUACGUGGAGCCAACCGAUGAUUUCUUUGAUGAUGACUUCUGGGGCAAUUGGUACGAUGAAACGCCUUUAGAUGAACCACCUGUGUAUGAAACACCUGUGCAUGCGACACCUGCGAAGGAAACCCCCGUGAAGGAAACGAAACGCCCGUGA